GAAAAUUAUACACACUCUAAUUUCAAAACUUUUAUCUCCACAAUUCCCAUGUCAACAGAGAAGGUGGAUAUGACUGAGGAUAACCACUCCUUGACAACUGAAUUUAUCCUCAUAGGAUUUACUGAUCACCCAGAGCUGAGGAUCAUCCUGUUUCUGGUAUUCCUUACCAUCUACCUGAUCACCAUGGUGGGAAACCUUGGUCUGGUGGCACUGAUAUUUACAGAGCAUCGUCUUCACACACCAAUGUACAUCUUUCUGGGCAACCUCGCUCUAAUGGAUUCCUGUUGUUCCAGUGCCAUCACCCCCAAGAUGCUACAGAACUUCUUUUCCAAGGACAGAAUCAUUUCCCUCUAUGAAUGCAUGGCACAAUUUUAUUUUCUCUGCUUUGCUGAAACUGCAGACUGCUUUCUCCUAGCAGCAAUGGCCUUUGAUCGCUAUGUAGCCAUCUGCAACCCACUGCAGUACAACACCAGGAUGUCCAAGAAACUCUGCCUUCAGAUGACCACAGGGGCCUACAUAGCUGGAAACAUGCAUCCCAUGAUUCAUACAGGCUUUCUCUUUAGGUUAGCUUUCUGUAGAUUUAAUCAAAUUAAUCACUUUUUUUGUGAUGUUCUUCCAUUAUUCAAACUCUCCUGUGUCGAUACUUAUAUCAAUGAAUUGAUGGCAUUUAUCUUUGCUGGGUCAGUUUUGAUCUUCUCUAUCACCAUAGUAAUAAUAUCUUACCUUUUCAUCCUUUUCACAAUUUUCACAAUGAAAUCCAACAAGGGAAGAGGCAAAGCCUUAUCCACCUGUGCAUCCCACUUUCUCUCUGUCUCAAUAUUCUAUGGUUCUCUUCUCUUCAUGUAUGUUCGACCAAAUUCCAGGAAUGAAGGAGAUAAAGCUAUACCUGCUGCUAUUUUUUAUACUCUCAUGAUUCCUUUAUUAAACCCUUUUAUUUAUAGCCUAAUAAAUAAGGAAGUAAUAAAUGUUACCAAAAAAAUUAUGAAGAUUUCAUAA